AUUGGGUACUCUUUGCAUAUAAAUAGCAUGGAUUUAUCUGGUCGAAAUGAGAAGGAACUAUUCGAUAAAAACAAUGUAACUAGUAGUACUUUUGCUAAAAAUAAUGACGAUAAACAUUUAAGGCUGGGAUUCCAUAACAUAAAAUAUGGAUUUUUGCGAAUAUUGGGCAAACUUUUUUUAUCCGUGGGUUAUUUAAUUGCAUCGUUCCCAUAUGUGUUUAUCAUUUUUACCUUAUUACUUUCCAUGAUCUCUUAUGGCGUAAUUUAUCUUAGAUUCGCACCUCGCUUACAGGAUGGUUUUACAUCCAGAGAUGCGCCAUCACAUUAUGAAGAGGAAAUUAGUUUCCGAUUUUCUGGAACAGAUUAUGCCUAUAUGCAAACUUUUGUGGCAUUAAUUCAAGCUGCUGAUGGCGGGAACAUGCUUAGGCCUGAGUACCUAACAAAAGCUCUCGAGGUGCACAAAUAUUUAAACGAAUCGUUGAUCGUUAACGUAGGUCAUGAAAAAUUUCGUCAUACCGAUAUUUGUGGCCAGUGCUGUGGUGUGAAUAAAGCUUUACAAAUUUUAAAAGUACUGUAUGAAUAUAGUGUCGCCCAGCAUCUUUUUGGUGUAAAAAAGUACGUUCGGAAAGUGAAGUUACCAGUCGAUUUGAAGAAUGGGAAUGAGACUUCUACAAAAGAAGUCAAAACAAAAGUCAACACCUCGAGCAUAGAUUUAUUCGCAAAUGAAAACAUAGAACAUGUUGCUUUGAUAAUGUUAUUGUUUUACGCCGUAGCUCCUACUCCGAAACUUGUGGAUAUGGUCACAAGUUGGGAAGAGGCAGUGUUUGAGUGGACAAAAGCUGGUGCGCCGCAGUUUCCUGAAUUGCGAAUUGAUGUGUUUGGCGAUAAAGUACUUAGUCUUGAAAUGUUUCGAGGUGGAUUAUCAAUGAUGCCUUAUCUCUUUAUUGGUUUAUGCUUAUCGGUUAUGUUUGUAAUGUUAUCAGUAAUCGUGUCUUCAAUAGAAAAUCGACGAAUUGACUUUGGCAAGAUCCUAAUUGUAAUUGGCAUUAUUCUCUCGCCUCUUCUUGCUGUAUUCACUACAUUUGGAAUGAUUGGUUUAGCUCAAGUGGAAAUCUAUCCGAUUCAAAUGGUCAUACCAUUUCUGAUCCUCGCCAUAGGAGUAGAUGAUGCUUUUCUCAUGCUUCAUGCAUGGAAACGUCAGUUACCGACGUAUGAUCAUUUAUCAAUUGACGAGAGAUAUAAGAUGAUUCCUUUCAUGUUUGGAAAAAUAUUGGAAGAGGUUGGCCCUUCGAUAACAAUUACUUCACUUACUAAUGCGAUUGCGUUUGGUGUUGGUAGUACGAUAUCGACACCCGCAAUUCAGCUUUUUUGUUUGGCUGCUUCAAUUGCGAUGGUUAUGGAUUUCACUUUUGAGUUGACAUUUUUUGGAGCAUUUCUAUCGCUUGCUGCUAGAUUUGAAAAGGUAUUCAAUCAUUUGCUACAUUGUUAUUGUCAAUUCAUUACGAUGAAUAUGACACGAUUGUUCAUUUUAAUAUUCAUCCUAAUCUUUUUCACUGUUAGCCUUAUUGGUACGUUACGCGUGAAAACCUAUAUCAAUGCACAAAAAAUUAUACCAUACGAUUCACCACUGUUAACUGCAGAUACAUUAUUUAAAAACUAUCAUUGGAAGGAAUAUGAACCAUUACAAAUUUAUGUUAAUCGGCCUCCUAACAUAAGUGAUUCCAAACAACUUGCUGAGCUUAAAACGAUGAUUGAAGAUUUUGAAAGUCUUCCACAAGCAAUUGGAUCUUCCUCAACUAUAUUUUGGUUAUAUGACUUAGAAAAGCUUAUUUGGGAAGAAAAUCAAUUAAUGGCUUUUAUGGGUAUCGAAAUUGGAAUCUCGUACGAUCAUCUGCCGCGGUUUCUGGAACACUUUACGUUUUGGCAAGAUUUCGUACGGUGGUCCAUGGACCCAUUGUGGCGAGAUGUUGCUGAUCGCUGGCAGAAAUUUAAUGUGACGAUCUACUCGAAGAACGCAGCAGUUUAUGAGGGAAUUUUUCAGUUGAAAGGAACAACUAUACAAACUGCUGCCAUAACACUUGUCUGUAUGCUCAUUGUGUGCAUGCUUUUCAUUCCAUCAGUGGUUGGGAUUUUAACUGCUGGAUGGGCAAUUUGUUCAAUAAGUUUGGGUGUGUUUGGUUUCCUUUCUUGGUGGGGUCUCGAUCUUGAUCCAGUGACAAUGUCAGCUAUUGUGAUGUCAAUUGGAUUUUCCGUUGACUAUACUGCCCAUGUAUCGUACCACUAUCAACGGUCUCAACAGCUUUUGCCAUCGUAUAUAUUGCACUCUUUUCAUGUUUUACAGCGAUGCAUUGAGAUUUCUUAUCUUUCGGUUUCAUUUCUAUUUUCCAAGUUAUAUUCUUUAGGCUCAUCAAAAACUGACCGCCUCAUAUAUACUAUGGAUUCCGUUGGACUGCCUAUGAUUCAAGCUGCCAUAUCUACAUUAAUUUGCUUUUUACCGAUUGCCUUUCACCCCGAUUAUAUACCUUCUGUAUUUAUACGUGCCAUAGCAUUGGUCGUAGGUUGGGGUCUUCUUCAUGGUCUCGUUUUAUUACCUGCAAUACUCACCGCAAUACCUGAUUGUUUAUACAUCGGAAACAUCGAAGAAAGCGCUUCAUUUUCAUGGCAAAAAACUGCUCUUGAAAAUCUUAGCAGUCAUAAAUCCCAUUUUACUUUCGGCAAAGGCCGUACACUUUGGCUACGCAAUAUCAAUGAAAUUUAA